CCCAUCAAAAGGAGGAACUGAAACCCGGUGCUUCCUACAUUCAUUUCACUAAUCCUCCCAUCACCUCUCCCCUCUGCAUCUUUCUUUUUAUAAACUCUUUUUGUCAUUUUUUUCUGUCGCAAACACAAUUUCACAGGAGGAGAGAGCACCAGCUCUCUGAAGCCAUGGCCGAGAAGAAGAACUGCCCUGAGGGGAAGACGUGGGACAAUCUCCUCAGGACCUGCAUCAAGAUGGGGCCGAUACCGACCCGAAAGCUUCACCCCCCAACAGAGCCAGUCCUGACCGUCGUGGACCCGCUCUUAACAAAAGUCAGCCCCGCCAAGUCGACCGGUCCGCCGACCGUGUUGCUUCUGGGUCAGACUCUGUGGAUCUGCGUGAUUCUGGUGACUCUGGGCGCCAUCUUGGCUCUGACCAUUUGGUUUGUCAUGUUCAGACGGCAGAGCAAAGCCCGCAAAAACGACGGUGUUGCAGAGGAUUCGGUCCAGGAGGUUCUGAAGAAAACAGAACCAGCAGUCGAGUUUCACGCGCCCCAACUGGAGGAAAACGGUCAGGACCUUCAGGGAGUCUCAGAUGGCUCCUGUCGCCCGAUGCACCAGCCCAACCCAAAAUGUGAGGACGGCUUCGGCGUUUGCAGGGACGACCACAGAGUCCCGCUUCCUGCCACCGAGCUGGGAGGCACGGCGUUAGUCACUGCCAAAACUGUGUAGAGUUGUGUGAGGUGAAUCUGUGUUUCUGUCUACUUAUAAUGUUUUCAGUAUAGAUCUACAUAAAGCUGUUUUUCAUUCCUGGACAAAAAGCAAAAACUCCAGGAUGCAGCUUAGUUUUCCCCAAGUAAUCGAAGCCUAAAAAUGUGUCAUUCACCUUUAAAUACUUGUUAUUCUCCAUAUUUUGUAGAGUUUUUGGAUAUGAUCUGAAUUACAUAUCACUUUCUAUAUUUCUACAAUGGUUGUAAAAUGUUUUGUGUCUUGAAACUGCAGCAGUUUGUACAGAAUAUACAGUUUAAAAAAAAUGCAACAUAAAACACAAAAUGCUUC